UCUUACACCUCAGUCACUCCUCAGCUGACGGUGGGGAACUAUACGUCAAACUGCUGCAUCUCAUUAAUAUUCGAUAUUAUGUGGUUUGAGCAGUUAUUACCUAUCUAAACAUAGUGUAGAAUAAUUUCUAACCAUCUAACAAGAGGCAAGGAAGGUUUUCUAUAAGGCAUCUUAUUCAAAACCCAAUUGAUUGGACAACCACCUGUGGCUCACCUUGGAGGGAGGCACGUGUGCAGCCCCAGCGGUCUUCAUGGAGCAGCGCUUUUUCCAUUAAUUCCAAGUCCGUAAUACGGCCACAAAAUGCCAGAGCAAAUCCACAACCAAGUCGUUGUCAGAAUUGCUGAAGAUCUCGAAGAGGAUAAGCCGAUCAGGAUGGUGUCCCCGUCCUGUCGCGGGAAAGGAGAGGAAGGCGGAGCCGGAGCAGCGCAAGCCGCGCGGGGGCCGGGCGGGCCAGGUGUCUGUCAUCCUGGACUGGCUCUGCCUAUCGGGGGCGCGGGCGGUACGGCAGGCACGCCUCCGGGAGUUUGGGAUUACGUGCGUGAUCAACUGCACGGUGGAACUGCCCGCCGUGCCCCUGGACGGGGUGGAGGUGGUGACCGUCCCCGUGGCUGACGUCGCGGCGUCAAACCUGUCGAACUACAUGUCUGACAUUGCUGACAAGAUUGAGGAAGUGCGUAGGCGGGGCGGCCGAGUACUGGUGCACUGCGUGGCGGGCGUGAGCCGCUCGCCGGCGCUGGUCCUGGCCUAUCUGGUCAAGCACUGCGACAUGAGCCUCCGCGAGGCUUUCCUGCACGCGAGGAAGGCGCGGCCCAACAUCCGACCCAACGCAGGCUUCUUCGCGCAGCUGAUCGAGUUCGAGCGGGAGGUGCGAGGCGGCGCGAGCGUGACGCUGGUGCGCGACGCCGCCCUCGGCCUGGCCAUUCCCGACGUGUGCGAGGACGAGCUGAGGGUGCUGCGGGACACCCGGUGGGCGCGCUUGAUCCACGAACGCAGGAACUUCGAGAGGCUCUACGCGUAGGCCUCCUCCCUCCGCCUCUUUGUCACUGAUCUCAGGACGCUCACUUUUUUACGAUUUAUUUCUGAGUGUUUCGUCUCGGAAACGCCUCGUGUUGCCCUUCUGGUUGACCCAGAACUUUAACGAUAACUAAGAAACUGUUCUUUACGUGUUUCAAAGUAUCCCUGUGUUAUAGUGCAUGUUGUCCCAACGUGUAUAUAUAAUAGUGACAGAAAAUCUAUGGCAGAGAAAGCAGCUGACAUGAAAUAAGGCAGAAAUCAGAACAUUAACUCAUAUAUUCGCUUGCAUAUGUAAUUACGUUGGCAAAAUGUAUUGCUUUACAGCAUAACCCGAUUGCAAUGAUGCAAGCAUACUAACAGAUGAUGGCCAUUGCUAGUUUUACCUGUAAACAUUUUGUUCAAAUUACACAUGAAAUAUU